AUGGGCGCAACAACAGGCUCAGGGUCCAAGCGCCCUCGAUCGCCUGUGUGUGAAGAUGUCGAUCCCAAGAGAGCUCGCUUCGCAUCCUCAACCAUAGACUUUCUCAAAGAGUCUGCUCUUGACUUCGCUCUUGAGGCCACCGGUCUCAAGCGCUCUCACUCUGCCUUCUUCAGCGAAGAAGAUGGGAAUGACUCGGCCACGAAGAAGUCAAGACAACAAGAUGAUCUCAGCAAAAAUCCAUCAUGGAGCUAUGCUGGCCUGACCGUCCACAAUUCUGUCAUUGCGACCAUUGACGCGGAUGGCAAGUUCGUCACGCUGGGUGCUGCAAGCCAGCACAACGUUACGUCCUCGUCCCUUACACCACCACGUUCCCCUAACGCUCAAGAGACGGAACAAGACCCAAUUGCUCUCCAGGCUUUCAAAAGAAAGGCCGGGCUAGACGUUCUGUCUCCCCCAAUCACACCUGCUGUCGGCACCGAGAGGAAGCCAGACCCUCUGGAUCAAUAUGGUGUCACCCAAGAUCCGUCUGUAGGUAGUGACAUGGUCAAGGUUGCUCCUCCUCAUUUUCCUCAGAUGCCAGAGAAUCAUGUCAUAAUCGGAGACGUCGACCUCUUUGGCUGCAUCCCUGCCAAGCUGCACAUCUUCAGGGGACAAGUCACAAAACUUCAUCCAUACCAGGAGGUCGUCCAGCUUUCUGCAGGUCAGAUUACCAUUGGCUCUGUGCUCCCUCCCUUGAAGGAUGGUCCAUUUGACGCCAUUGUUCUGGAAAAUACUGAACUAUGUUAUUCGGUUGUUCCCUUGAAUGUUUACGAGCUCGAAGGACUUUAUCUCGAGACGGAUCUCUUGUUCAAGGGUCCCCUCCAGCCGCUUCAAGAUGUCAUCCGAGAUGUCUUCAAUCAAGAGAGACCUGCUCUCCACGUCAGUGCCCAUCUCGGCAUGUCGAGGGAUUGGAUGAUACCCUACGUCCCUCCCCGUCUUGUUCUCCGCGGCUCGUUUGACGAUUGCUCUGUCAAGCUGUGGGAUAUUCUCGAGUUCACGCAGUUGGGCGUCGAAUUGACUCUUGAGCAAGCCCGUGAUGACGAUGGCGAGAUGAAUAUUGGCUAUGGCUUCUUUGGAAAAGUUGACAUGGCCAUGCCCGGAUCCGUUGUGCCGCUCAAGGCCGAGUAUCUCUUCCGCGUGAUGGAUGAGCGCUAUAUGCUCUCUGUCACACUAAAAGAUGAUGAUUGGAAGGAUUGCUUUGGUAUUAAAAACCUGACGCUUUCCGAGGUCACAUUCGUCGGCGUCUUGUCUGAGCCUUCGUCCAAGGCCGCUAUCUUUCUCCAAAUGGAGGCCGUUUUGCACCUGAAUGACACCACAUUGGCGAUUUCGGAUGAAUACUCUAUUGCGGCUUACCUGGGCAAUCUUAAUCUCCAAGAGGUCGGCAAGAUCUUCAACCAAAUCACCGGCCAUGAUCUCGACGUAUUCGAUCAUGACGUUGUCUUCAACUCUCUCUCUCUGGUCAUCUCCAACUCGGGAGUCGCCUUUGCCGGUGCCAUUACGAUCAAUGGCCACUCCACGGCCUAUGGUUCAAUUGCCAUCAUGCAGGACGGCCUGCAAAUCACCGGUGGCAUUGGGGACGUAGAGUUUGAGUCCAUCCAGAUCAAACGUGCCAGCUUCGACGUCUUCAUCAGCAGUAGCAGCAACAACUCGUCGUCCGCCAGAACAACAAAGUUCGGCAUCUCGGGAGAGGUGUCCUUCAGCGGCAUUGACCUGAGCGUUGGGCUCUUCACCGAGAAGGCGACGGGCUCUGAACUGCAGUGGACCAUCUACGGUGAGGUUGCUGGGGAUCUGAGCAUCGGUAAUCUUGAUCCAGACUUGAAGGGCUCAUUCCUGGAUGUCUCCCUCAAGGGACUUGCGCUCAUUGCGUCCAACAAAGAGGACCCCGAUGGUCCUUACAACAAGUUCAGAUACCCCGUCCGCAAGGGCAUCCAAUUCUGUGCUGUGGUUGAUAGAAUCCCCCAGCUGGAGGAUCUCAUGCGAGGCAGCGUCAAGGGCAUGAUCCUCUGCGCCAGCUAUGAGACCGGCACCGAUAACCUGCGGCUGUCUGUCAUUCUUCCUGCAGAGCGCACAAUCUCCUUUGGAGAGCACGUGUACACUGGUCCUAUUGCCAUUGAGUUCGCCAAAGAAGGAACCGACAUUGUGCUGAUCGUCAAGGCUCUGCUCAACGUCAAUGUAGACACUCAGCCUGAGCCGCUCAAGUUCUCUCUCGGUCUCAAAGCCGGCACCACCGGGGCAGCUGCCUACGCCACGAUGCUCAACGAAUGGGUCAACCCAGCCAAGAUGGGUAAGGAGAUCAAGAUUAAAGGUUGCUCUCUCGAAUUUGGCAUCGUCUAUGCCACUUUCUUCACGACCGGCGUGCCUGGUGCCAUUGGCUUCGCAGGACAGCUCAUGCUUGGCCAGAAGGAGGCAAAGCUGGCCAUGAAGCUUAGCCAGAAUCCCAAGGAUCAGGUGCUUGCCGCAGCUGUCACCGACCUUGGGGUCGUUGAUCUGGUUCAGUUCGCUUCCAAGGUCUGCGAGAUAGACUUCCCCGAGCCGCCCAAGGAUCUAUUGCAUUUCAACAAAUUCGACUUGUAUCUGUCUACCGGAGCUUCUAUUGGAGAGAUCUAUUUCCCUGCCGGAGCCUCUCUCAGCGGAGACAUGCUGAUCCUGGGCAAGAAGGCUAAGUUUGAUUGCACCGUUGGUGGUAAGGGCGUCAAGCUUAUGGCUACAAUCGAGCACUUUGAUCUCGGCCCUCUGAAAGUCAAGGGAGCGACAGGUGAGGACCCCAUUGUCGAUAUCGAGCUCUCGGCCGACAAGCAACGGAUCUUCAUCGACGGUGCCGUGGAGCUCUGGGAUCUAUCUGCAGCGCUGCAUCUUGAAACCCAAGCGUAUCCCACGCCGGCCUUUGACUUCUGGGUCAAGGUUGAGCUCUCCGAUUGGUUCAAGUUCAACCUCGCUGCCCAGCUGACGGGCGAUAUCGACUUCAAGGAUCUGAGCACGCUCGCAAACUCUGACUUUGCCGUCUCGGGCGAGGUGGAGCAGCAUAUUCUCGAAAACAUUAUUGGCAUGUUGGAUAGGCAGAUCAACUCCAUGGCCGAGAAUACUGACUACGAUGCCGCAAAGAGAAGACUCUCAGAAAAAGAGAAUGAAUACAACUCCAGCUUGCAAGCUGCUCAGAGCAAGGUUGACGAUUGCCAGAGAGCCUGGGAGCAGAAACAGGCAGACGUCAAGGCCGAGUUGGAGCGCGCCAAAGCACAAGCAGCUGCUUACCUUCAAGAUCUCGGAGACAAGGCUGAUGCAGCAGACAAGACAUACGUCAGCACUCUCGCUGCUGCGACCGCCUACAAGGAGCAAGUCUGCCAUGAUGCUUCGGUGGCUAUCCGUGAGGCAGAGUCUGCUGUAUAUCAUGCUGAUCACGAUAGCGACGAUGUAAUCCGGCAGGCUCAGGACGAGUUGCAUCGCAAGAGGGAUGCGCUGAACGCCUCCUUUGGCAAAGCUGACGCCGACGUGGAGAGUGCUCAGCAGACUGUCGACGCGGCCUUGGAGAUGGUUGAGGCGCUUGACAAGGAUCUGUCCGACGUUGAUCGUCGGAUAAGCGAGGCCUCUCUGUGGGAUAUGCCGCUUCUUGUUGCCGAGAAGACGCUCAAGGCGACUGAACAGGCUAUCGCCGCCGCCGGGCUCGAAGCUGCCCGGCUAGUCUUGAUGGCAGCCGAGGGAGUCUUGGAAGGCCCAGACUUUAUUGCUGGACAAUCUGCAGUGACAGCCGACGAAGACGCCCUCGAGAAGCUCCUGGAAACCGAGGCGGCGGCUAUCGAGGCCGCCAAGAUUGCCCUCGAGGAUACCAAGAAGUCCCAGGGGCUUCUUGUGUCUCAGGCUUCACAGGCCUUGUACGAAGUUGAGAGAAGUUCUAGCGAAAUCAAGACAUCGACACAAGCCAAAGCCGCCGUCGCUACCGGCGAAGAGACAGCGCGCUCCAUGGUUUCUGACGCACAGCGAGCUUUCGAUGAGUUGAAGAAGUCAGCCGAGUAUAUCGCCCUCGAAGAGGCCCGCAAGGAUCUGGCCAAGGCGCAAGGAAAGGCCGCCGAGGUCGAACUUGCUCGACAAGCCUGCCAGCUCGUGGCAGAGAACAAGCCCAGUUUGUGGGAUGAAGUUCUCGACCUCGGUGCCAAGAUCGCCAAAUGGCUUCUCGAGGCGGCGGGUGAGAUCAUCAACAUCACGAAAAUCUCAUUUUCUGGAAGCUCGGCGAGCUUCAAGGACGGCGGCCCUCCCCUCAAGUGCAAGAUUGAGGGUAAGCUGGUCGGCGAGGACAUCGAUAUCGACCUGAGCUGGAAGCCCGACUUUGACAUUGUCAAGUUCAUCAAGGCCAUCUUCAGCGAGUUGUGGGAGAUGAUCACGGAGGCUCUCAGCAAGUUCUUUGAGGGGCUUGCUAAGCUCGCCGAGGAGGUUGCUGAGAAGGUCGUCGAAUUCGUUGAAGACGCGGGCGAAUUCGUCGUGGAAGGAGCAGAGAAGGCCGUGGAGUUUGCCGAAGAUGUGGGCGAAGUCGUCGUGGAGGGAGCAGAGAAGGCUGUGGAAGCAAUUGGUAAUGCCGCCAGCGACGUUGGCCAUGCUGUGGAAGACUUCGCAGAGGAUGUAGACGAUGCCAUGAGUGACGUGGGGAGUACCUUGGGCCACGCGGCGAGUGAUGUCGGUCACGCUGUGGAAGAUUUUGGAGAAGGUAUAGACGAUGCCGUCAGUGAUGUCGGAAGUGCCAUUGGGCAUGUAGCUGAUGACGUGGGAGAUGCUGUCGAGGAUGUGGGACAUGCCGUUGAGAAUGUGGCCAGCGAUAUUGGAGAUGCCAUUGGUAAUGUGUUUAGUAGUCUUUGGUGA